GCCAUCCUUCUUCUCGGAUGAACGUAUCCAGCUCAUCCUUCUUUCUCGUGAGCCUCGCAGUUCUCUUAAAUGCAAACCACCACCUCCCGAUCUCCCUUGCUUCCUAUCCACCAAACCAAUUGAGCUGCGACACUAGUUGUAGUACUGAAGAAGAGAAGGAAAGGAUGGGGAGUAAUGGUGGACAUGGAGAGUCCUUUUUCAGGCUGCUGAGCGUCGGUGGCGGCGGCGGUGAGGGAUGGCACUCCUACCGCCACUCCAGCUCCACAGAGGGUGGUUCAAGGAGGUGGGGGAGGAAGAGCCCGAGGGACAGGGAGGAGGCCACGGGGUGGUGGGGGGAGAGCGGUGGUGGUGGGAUGGUGUCCAAGAAGAGGGUGAUGGUGGUGAUAGACAGCAGCGCAAGGGCCAAGCAUGCCAUGAUGUGGGCCUUGACCCAUGUGGCCAACAAGGGGGACCUCCUCACCCUUCUCUAUGUUGUCCCUCCCGACCACCACCACGUCAGGGGUGGAGGAGAGGAUGAUGCUACCAACCUUGCCAACUCUCUGGCCACCCUGUGCAAAGCCUGCAAGCCUGAGGUGGAGGUGGAAGCAUUAAUCAUUCAGGGAGCUAAGCUGGCAACUGUGCUAAGCCAAGUGAAGAAGCUGGAGGCUUCUGUUCUGGUGUUGAGCCAAUGCAAGCCUUCCCCAUUCUGCUGCAUGUUGAGGAGCAGCAGUGAGGAAUUUGUGGAGCAGUGCAUCAGCAAAGCCGAUUGCUUGACGCUGGCGGUGAGGAAGCAAAGCAGAGGAGUGGGUGGGUACUUGAUCAGCACAAGGUGGCAGAAGAACUUCUGGCUCUUGGCCUAGGCAUAUCUUAACCUCAUCUCUCAUCCCCAUCCCUCUCUGUGGUUGCUGUAAUCAUCUCCAACUGCUGUAGAGCAAAGCCCUGACCUUCAGAACGUGUUACUGUUGAACUUGAUGUAAUGCUUGAUGGAUCCUUUAUCUUGACAUGACACUGACAUAGUUCAUGUUUUCAUGGACUUGUUUGAUGUUACGAGAUUUCUACAGGA